AUGGCCAAAAGAGUUGCCGAUGCGCAAAUACAGAGAGAAACGUACGAUUCUAACGAGUCUGACGAUGACGUGACUCCCUCCACUAAGGUUGCGUCAUCUGCUGUGAUGAAUAGAAGAAAAAUUGCCAUGCCAAAGCGCAGGAUGGCGUUCAAACCUUUUGGUUCUGCAAAAUCGGAUGAAACCAAGCAGGCUAGUUCCUUUAGCUUCCUGAACCGGGCGGACGGCACUGGAGAAGCUCAGGUUGAUAAUAGCCCUACCACAGAAAGCAAUUCCAGACUAAAAGCAUUGAACCUCCAGUUCAAGGCUAAGGUUGAUGACUUAGUUCUAGGCAAGCCGUUAGCGGACUUGAGGCCCCUUUUCACCAGGUACGAAUUAUACAUAAAGAAUAUCUUAGAAGCUCCCGUGAAAUCUAUCGAGAAUCCAACGCAGACAAAGGGAAAUGAUGCUAAACCUGCCAAAGUAGAAGAUGUCCAAAAAAGUUCCGAUUCUUCAUCUGAAGAUGAGGUUAAGGUGGAGGGACCCAAGUUCACAAUAGAUGCUAAACCGCCUAUUUCAGAUUCCGUUUUCUCAUUUGGCCCAAAAAAAGAAAAUCGCAAGAAAGAUGAAAGUGAUAGCGAAAACGAUAUAGAAAUCAAGGGCCCUGAAUUUAAAUUUUCUGGAACUGUAUCAAGUGAUGUAUUUAAGCUGAAUCCAAGCACCGAUAAAAAUGAAAAGAAAACCGAGACUAAUGCUAAACCAUUUUCAUUUUCUUCGGCCACUUCAACUACUGAACAAACGAAGAGUAAAAAUCCCCUUUCAUUGACAGAAGCUACCAAGACCAAUGUGGACAACAACAGUAAAGCCGAGGCUUCCUUCACUUUUGGAACAAAACAUGCUGCGGAUUCUCAAAAUAAUAAACCAUCUUUUGUAUUUGGUCAAGCAGCUGCAAAACCAUCGCUAGAAAAGAGCUCAUUCACGUUUGGUUCAACAACAAUUGAAAAAAAAAAUGACGAAAACUCAACCUCUAACUCAAAACCUGAAAAGUCUAGUGAUAGCAAUGAUUCAAACCCAUCUUUUUCCUUUUCCAUACCCAGUAAGAAUACACCUGAUGCAUCUAAGCCAUCUUUUAGUUUUGGGGUCCCAAACUCUUCCAAAAACGAAACUUCAAAACCGGUAUUUUCGUUUGGUGCAGCAACACCAUCGGCCAAAGAAGCUAGUCAGGAAGAUGACAACAACAACGUUGAAAAACCUUCCUCUAAGCCUGCCUUCAAUUUAAUAUCUAACGCUGGUACCGAGAAAGAGAAGGAAAGUAAAAAGGACUCAAAGCCAGCUUUUUCAUUUGGCAUAUCAAACGGAAGUGAAAGCAAAGACUCUGACAAACCCUCUUUACCCUCUGCGGUUGAUGGUGAAAAUGACAAGAAAGAAGCAACAAAACCUGCUUUUUCGUUUGGAAUAAAUACAAAUACUACUAAAACCGCGGAUACUAAAGCUCCAACUUUUACAUUUGGCUCCUCUGCACUCGCUGACAAUAAAGAGGAUGUUAAGAAACCUUUUUCAUUCGGUACCUCCCAGCCUAAUAAUACUCCAUCCUUCUCAUUCGGAAAAACAACAGCAAACUUGCCUGCUAAUUCUUCAACAUCUCCUGCUCCCUCUAUACCAUCGACGGGGUUCAAAUUUUCUUUGCCAUUUGAACAAAAAGGUAGUCAAACAACUACAAAUGAUAGCAAGGAAGAAUCAACAACAGAAGCAACUGGAAAUGAGUCGCAAGAUGCAACCAAAGUAGAUGCUACCCCAGAAGAAUCAAAGCCAAUAAACUUGCAAAACGGUGAGGAAGACGAAGUGGCUUUAUUUUCGCAAAAAGCAAAAUUAAUGACAUUCAAUGCUGAAACCAAAUCGUACGAUUCAAGAGGCGUAGGCGAAAUGAAGCUUUUGAAGAAAAAGGACGAUCCUUCUAAAGUGCGCCUACUUUGUAGGUCUGACGGUAUGGGUAAUGUAUUACUAAAUGCAACUGUUGUAGACUCCUUCAAAUAUGAGCCUUUAGCUCCCGGAAAUGAUAAUCUCAUUAAAGCUCCUACUGUUGCGGCUGAUGGGAAACUUGUAACUUAUAUCGUCAAGUUUAAGCAGAAGGAAGAAGGCCGCUCAUUUACGAAAGCUAUUGAAGAUGCUAAAAAAGAAAUGAAAUAA